UGCACUCAACAUGAGAGACUACCGUCCAAGCCAUCUGAAAAGCUGAGCUUGCUUGUUCCUAUGGUGAAUGAAACCGUCCAAGUCAUCCAAAAUAGUUAACUCAUGGGUGUCUCCACAAAUGAACACUAUCUUCUUCAGACUUCUUCACAAUGUCGUUACUUACAAAUCAUUUUCCUCAGUUCAUCUGCAUCUGUCAAAACAUUUCACAACCUUAUCCUCUUCCUCCUCAGAAGGCAAACGAAAAGGUUUGGAUCAAGCUUUGAGAAUUUUAAAACUCAUAACACCAAAACCUACUCUUACCCAUGCCCGUCAAAACCAUCUCAACCUCGUACAAUCUUGUUUGGUUGAUAAAAAUCCUGAUGACCAUAACAUCAUAUCUUUUAGAAAGAUACCACUUGAAGAAGUUCCAAACAGAGAUUUUGUUUCUAAUGUCGAUAAGAAUAGUCUCUCCACUGCAAUAAGUUAUUGUGGGUAUGUUAGAGGUUUCAUUCAUGGAAUUCAACUCCAUUGUUUAGCAAUCAAGACUGGGUUUGAUUCAUAUGUUUAUAUCGGAACUUCUUUGGUUAAUUUGUAUGCGAAAUGUGGUGAUCUGGUAAAUGCAUAUAAAGUGUUCGUUGAAAUGCCUGAAAGAAAUGUUGUUUCGUGGACUUCGAUAAUUGCAGGAUUUUCUCAGAAUUUGCACGUGUAUAUGUGUUUGAAGCUUUACCAUCAAAUGAGGCAUUCAAAUGUGAAACCAAAUGACUAUACUUUUACAAGUCUGUUAAGUGCUUAUACAGUUUAUAGCUUUGAAACUAUGGAAAGAAGAGAUAUUGUUUCAUGGAAUUCGAUGAUUGCGGGUUAUUCGUUGCAUGGGUUAUCUGAGAAAGCUAUAAAACUUCAUGAAGAAAUGCAGAAACUAAAAAUUAAACCAGAUGGCAUCACUUUUCUAGGAAUUCUAUCAUCAUGUCGACACGGUGGGCUUGUAGAAAUCAGUAGGCAUUGCUUCAAUUUGAUGCUUGAAAAUGGGGUUAAACCAGAUUUAGAUCAUUAUUCGUGUAUGGUUGAUAGUUUAGGUCGAGCAGGGUUGCUAGAAGAAGCUAAAGUAUUUAUUGAGGAAAUGCCGGUAACUCCUAAUGCAGUUAUAUGGGGAUCACUAUUAUCUUCAUGCAGACUUUAUGGGAAUGUUGCGAUUGGAAUUCAUGCAGCUGAGAAGCGUCUUUUAUGUGAGCCAGAUUGUGCUGCAACUCAUGUGCAGUUAUCAAAAUUCUAUGCCAUUGCGGGGCGAAGGGAUCAAACAGUGAGAAUCCGAAAAUUGAUGAAAGAUAGAAAUUUGAAGACGAAUCCUGGGUAUAGUUGGAUUGAGAUUAAGAACGAAAUUGUCAGUUUUGGAGUUGAUGAUGGAUCAAACAUAAGAGCUACUGAAAUAUUUGAUGUAGUCGAUAGUUUAGUUGAGAACAUGAACAGUUCAGUAUAUGACCCGAAUUUGCACCAAGGCAUUCAAGGUUUUGAGCUUUAACCAUGCAUGGAGUUUUAACAACCACAAAUCCAUGGAAUAGUUAUUGGUUGAUGAUCUUUCUCAAAUCCAUGGAAUACUUUUAUGUGUAUUUUGGGUCUUGAUGAACCUAAUAUUGUGGAGCAAAAUUCCGAAAACCAAGAAUCUUAAGAAUACCAGUUGCUGGUGUGUCAAGCAGCCUCAAAAAUGUUGGUCUACCAAUGGAUUUGGUCUUGAUAUCUGGGCAGACCCAUGGAUUCCCACCCUUCAGAAUGUCAAGCCAACUACCCCACAAUAUUCAGAAGCUGGUGAGUGAUUUGAUGGUCCUAAAAUGAGAGGAAAUUGAACCAACUGUUGAUGCAGAAGAUUUUUGAUCCUUUGGUAGCCUCUCAGAUUCUUAGAAUCCAUAUUGAUAUUAGUAAGGAUGCUAGGACGGACAAGCUGGUGUGGACUCCUAACCUCAAGGUGAUUUUACUUGCCAACCCUGGCAGAAACUUUGAAGCUCGAAUUUUGGUGAGUUUUCUUGUUUUAAUGGUGCUCCUUUCCCAUGGCCGAUCUUCUGGAAAAAGGAAAAUAUUGCUACAAAAUAUUCACAUGUUUCAGUGGAGGUUAAUGCACAAUGGAGUAGGGGUCUUUCAAAAGAUAGGAAGGCUUAUUGAAGGGAUUGUAACCGACUGCAGAUUCUAUUACUCUUAAAGAAAUAGUCAUAAAGUAGUCCCUUGCUAAGGAUAAUGGAUACAGCUUCUGUCUUGGUGCUUGCAUUCUGUGGCCUAUUCGGAAGACUUGUAAUGAGGUUGUUUUCUUGAUAAUGAUUCUACGGAUGUGUUUCAGAACUUAGAUGAGUCUUUUUGGGCUGCUCCUACAGGUAACACUAUCAAAAUUAACAUCUUUGCUGCAGUCGCAGAGGGGCAUGGCUCUUGUGCUGCCGUUGAGUGGCCAAAUUAUCUGUUGUAAAACUUCUCUUCCAUUCCUAGUGUUGCUGAAGCUUUGGUGGCUGUAAAAUCUUACCAUCCAAGUCAUCUGAAACAGUCCUGCUAGCGAGAGAACGAAAAGAUGAUGCUGAAUGAUUGAACAUAAAAGUUGUUCAUUCAUAGGCUUGACCAUCCAAUAUCACACUAAGAUUUAUCUUGCGUUUUUGCAUGUUACAGAGGAAAUGUUGUAGAUGAACUUGUUUUUGUUAAAGAGAAUAUAGUUACAAGGUAAUAAUAUUUUCCCCCGAUUUCUCAAAGUAUCAUGUAUGCCAACACCCAACUGAUUUAAUGCCUUUUUUCUUUUUAUAGACAAUGGUCUCUUUGUUCUGUUGACGAAAAUAGAGUCUGCCAGUGUCAUCAGUCCCUAGCUCUGAUGUGCUGUUGCAGGUUAUAUUUUUCUUGCUUAUUAGUUGUCAUUUUCCUAGAAAAUGUUUUGCCACUGUUUUUGUGAGUAUGUACCGAUAUUUUGUGCCACAAGAGUUCAUGGUUUGCCUUCCAGUCAUGGGAGAUGUUAGACCUUUUUGUGACUUUUGUUGCUCAGUUAUCAGAUUACGUGUGGGUAUAGUUUGUCGCUUUUGUGCAUUAUCACUGUCCCUUCGUGAUGUGAAU